CAGUCCCAUCAGCUUCCUGCAGAGGGCUGAUAGUGCUGAGUCUAAUGUGUGCAGCACAGAGCAAUGUGGAUAUUUGUCUGUUCCUCAUCACCUAUUGCAUCUGUUGAAUCACAGACUUCCUUUCCAUCUGUCUGACUGUCUCUCUCUUUCCCUCUGUAUCUAUAACUAGUCUGUUCUUCCACAAGGAACAAAAAUCUGGAUAUCUGUGACUGUUUCAUUCAGCUUUACCCUGUGCCUCUCCGCCCAGCUGUGACACCGCUCUGCCUCUUGCAGGGAGCUUAUUCUAAGCCGGCACCACUGGACACAGGCUAAAAAGUGCCCUAUAAACAGGAAGAAGAGAUUCAGCAUGAUGGAAGCAUUACAGUUAAUGCUUUUUGUUCUAUGCCUCAACAUGGGACACGCAAAUCCAGUGAAUAAUCUGAAAUGUGGAUCAAUGAAUGUAGAAGACAUUACAGUGAUGUCGGACAGCACCAGACGGGGCUGCGUGAGUCAGGGGUCUAAGAAGCAGGUCUAUGUCCUAAAUAUCCAGAAAAAUAUGCAUGUGGAUCUGGAAGUAGAAAGACUGCUGCACCCCCAAAUACAAACUGAAGGCUGGGUUCUGAUUAUAAACACCAAUGCGUUGGUUGUCAAUCUAAGUGUCACUGGACCUAAACUUCCUCUAGUUCUCCAUUAUCCACAGCACACUGAUGUAAAAAGAUGCCAGUGGAACUACAAUACAGUGAGAAUAAAGAAUCCGUCAUUGUUGACAGUGUGGAGCUUUUGCAAUGGGCUCAGACCAAAUAUGGCAGUGUCACAUUUUUUGGAGAACUAUAUAACCCAGGGAAAGUUCAUCUAUGUCCAUUCUGGAGCCGAUUCCUGUAUGUUGCAGGAUGAUUUCAGACCUACGGGAAUUCUACAGUAUGAGCUUCAAAAAUUGGAAAUUCAGGGCUGUGAAAUUAAAAACCCCAACCCCAACUCCUCUGCUCAAAGAAAAUUAUUCAUUUUGCAUGUGACCCACCCUUUUACUUCUCAGCCAAGCUAUGCCAAUGAGGAUUCUAGGUCUAAACAAAUAAAAGUGACAUUAGAAGCUAAUGAUACAUGUAAGCAAAAUCCAUUUUUGUGGCUUAAAAGCGAAGAAGGCUUUCAUUGGGAUGUCCUGUCUAAAACUGACUUUAGCAUUGAGGCAUCUGGCAGUUACAGAGUCCCUAAUGUCGAUAUAUCCUUGCCAGGGAAAUUGCUUCCUGAUACUAAGGAAGAUCUGAUCCAGGCAGCAAAAUAUAAAGGCACAGAUACUAUUGUGUAUAUACAAGUUCCAAAUGCUAUUGCUAUUACCCAAUAUUUCCCAUGUGAACCUACAGAGCAGACGAACACAACCAGUACUGUUUCACCUGUAGAAAACUGUCUUGAGUUACUGAAAGAAAUUAAGAUGGUCAGAUGCACUGAUAAAUACCUGACAGUACGGCUGGAUGACAAUAUACGAGAGACUUGUGGUUUUUGGCCUGUUAUCACAUUGAAAGACUCUGACUGCCAAGAUGAGAACAAAGGAGAACCCAAUUUAUGGGUCACAUCAUUGGAGAAAUGCAAAAUAAUAAAAAACAGUCAAGGCUUUCAGACUGAGCUGAUUCAGACAGUAAAUAAAUUCACAAUGGAUUCGCAAGCAAUCUCUUGCAAACCUAUUCAUGCCCAAAUGUUGGUGUCACGCAGUCUUGAUUUCUCCCAGGCUACCAGCAAGUUACAGACUGGUGAAGACAUCCAUGUGCAGGUUAACACCACUGAGCCUUUUUUGCUCCUUGAUGAGUGUUUUUUGGAAGUGGAUGAAAAAAAACAGAUUGUCAAAAAGAGUGUUUUUGUUCUAAAAAAUCUUACCUGGAACUUCAGCACUGAGCUUCAUUCUACAAGUGGCGGAAGGCUGACCUGCAUCUUCUGUGUAAACAACGAACCGGGUUGCAAGUACUAUGAUCAACUGCGUAGCUCUUGGGACGUGACCAUUGACAGACCAAUAGAUCAGAACCCAGCUCUCAGCAUGCCGUCUGUACUGGGAAUAACGUUUGGAGUCUUUGUGAUUGGAGUUCUACUUACAGCUGCCUUGUGGUACAUGUACAGACGAACACGUUUGUCCUUUAAGAUGCAGCCAGUAUCUACAGCAGCCGGAGGUUCUGAUAGCAGCAGCACCAACCACAGCAUUGACAGUACGCAGAGUACUCCAUGUUCAACUAGCAGCAGAGCAUAACAGUGAAAGAGCCCUCCACCCAUUCGACAAUUGAGAAGAUCCAUAGAGAAGAGUGUGAUGGUAUAGACAUGUGUUCCAACCAAACAAGGCCUAACACAGAUCUCUACAGUGAACAGACCAAAACAGAAUAUUUCCCCCCUUUCCUACACUGGGCCUUAAAAAGGCAGUAGUGAUGGAAUACUUGCAGGGAAAGGGAAGCAGAAGAGAUGGUUGUAGGCAAAUGACAGAGACAAAGAAGAGGCCUACACCCCUGCCUAAGCACUGCGGAGGAAUGACAAAUUCUGGGCCUUGAUCAUUUGCACUUGCUUUAGUGUUUGCAGACAGCAGUAGCCAUUCAUGAGACCAAAAUCCAGUGAAUGUUUUCCCACUGGUUAAAGCAUAACUAUACCCCCAAAAUGAAUACUUGAGCAACAGAUGGUUCAUAUUAAAUUAGGUGGCAUAUAAAAGAAUCUUACCAAACUGGUAUAUAUAUUUCAG